AACAUAUUUUUGUUUUGGUAUGGCGGCAUCAGCAAACAUUCGCAAUGAUCAAGAAACAGAAAGUCGGACAGAAAUCCCUUGCUGUACAUCCAGAUGGAGUGAAAAUCACUUAAAUAUUCUAAAAAUCCGUGCCUUGCAAUCGAGGGCUUAUCCACCCAAAGAAAUACUGUCUUAUCUAGUUGAUGAAGGAAUAGAGAAGAGAAUAUUGAGAAUUAAGGAACAUUUGAUUCAUUAUAUGCCAGCUGGAUUAAAGGCUAUAGACUUUGAUGACUUUUAUUCUAUAAAUCAUGCUCGUUGUAAGUCCAUUUUGUACAAUGCACAAAAUCAACAGAUGCUCAGUUUUAGAGUGGAACCUCUGCCAGAUUUUGCUGAAGAAGCUUGGUGUGAAUCGUUUAGAGUCCAUGGCGAGUUGUUUUGCAAACAGCUUAUCUUUUUGACAUGGCAGAGAGAAAGGGGUAUAAAAAUAACAGAAUGUAUGUUUCGACAACUUUUCCAACACUUCACAGCAAUGUUUGGACUCAAUGCUAUUGCUGUGCCAUGUUUACAGCCACAGUAUAUGAAGGUUGGGAGUAUGAAUGUCAGCUCAACACCAGAUCUCAUCUUCUAUGAUCUUCCAAACUGUGACCCAGAUACUUCCAAAAUUUUUGCCAUUUGUACGGUAAAAAGAAACAUGGAAUCUGUUAAUUUUGAACCUUCUCCACCUAAAAGCCGAAAACUUAGUGAAAAGGAUAGAAAAGACAUUGUUCAUUUAGACACUGAUGUGAUAGGUCAACAUGGUGGGGAACUUCUAAUUCACUCAGCAUCAAAAUCUUCCAAACAGCCUGUUCUUUUUGGUUUUAUUUUGCAAGAUACAAAUGUAACAUUUUCACAAUUUUCCUGUAGUGAAAUGGAUUAUGAGGCCAUCAAAAGGGGCAAUCCAUCAUUUCCAGAGCAUACAGGACCCGUGAUAAAAUUCAGCAAGCCCUACAAUAUCCUGAAGGUCGAAGAUAGGAUGCAUAUAAUUGAGCCAUUGUUAAAAUUAGGAUUUUUUCAAUCAACUUUGUGAUUGAAAGAAAAAUUGUUACAGUAUUAAAGUCAGAAAUGCUCAAGCAGAUAUUUUUAUUAAAAGGUAACAUACAAUUGUAUCUUUCCCACGUACAUGUGUUUAUAAUUCUCUUAUUAACUUUUUGUUAUUGACUUAUUGCACAUAGACAUGUUCCUGUGCUUACAUUUAACAUUUCCUGAAUUAUAUAUUGAAAUUAGUGCAAGACAUACCUACUCAUUAUGUUUUAUUUGUAAAAAUAAUUGAUCUAAAAUCAUUUACAUGUAUAUAUAAGAAAUAUUGAGUGUUCU